GUUGUUAUAUCUGGCAACUAUGUAAACUUGUAAAUUGAUAAAAUCUUAUCGUAGAUAUCAUUGUGUUGUCGAAAUGUAUAGAUUAUUAUGUAUGUGAAUAUUUUUGUCCUGUUAAAUUUUGAAGUUAUUAAAAUGUAUAAAAUGAUUCGUAAUAAUUUUAAUACAGCCAAAAGACACUACAAAUGGCGCAGUCGCGAUUAAAUGAUCAGUUUCUAGUUAUUAUCGAAUAAUUUGUAUAAUUCGUGAUUAUAUUAUGGCAACGUUAACUGCGGAACAAGUUGCUGCAUUGUUGCAGUCCGUAGCCGAACAGUCUCGUAAUAUAGCUGCUUUAGUGGCUAAUUUGAGCGUUGCUUCAUCAAAAGAUACGUCACCUCAAGUACAGCUGAUCCGUUAUGAUGAUUCCGUUGAGACAUUUUCCGAUUUUGUCGAAAGAUUCGAGCAUUAUUGUACAGCUCAGAAGUUAUCGGAUGUGGCAAAAGUUCCUACGUUCAUAUCACUGUUACAACCGCACGUAUACAGAUUGUUAAAGUACCUGUGUUUUCCGGCAAAAGUAGAUUCAAAGUCAUACAAAGAUCUUACCGAAUUGUUAAUCAAUCACCUUUGCCCGAAACAACUAGAAAUUCCGGCUCGACAUACCUUUCUAAAUAGAAAGCAAGGUGAAAAUGAGUCGAUAAUGCAGUACGUAUCAGAAUUACGAAAAUUAUCGCUGCCGUGCGGUUAUUCCGAAGAUAUGCUAAAUAUAAUGCUCCGAGACGUUUUUGUGAGCGGUUUGCGUUCACCGGAGAUGCUUAAACGAUUAUUUAGCGAAAAAGAUUUGACUUUUAAAUCUGCUCAAGAAAUAACUGCGGGUAUGGAAGUAUCAGCAAAAAAUACCGCAGAAAUGACGAAUGGUUCGAGGAAGGAAGCAAGUGUACCAGUAAAUGCACCUGAUUCGAUGCUUAAAAAAUUGAAUAAAUUUAAAAAGUCAUCAUCACAACGUUCGAAUGAUAAACGGAAGGAUGAUAAGAGUAAGUCCGAAGAUGGCAUUGUAUGUUUCAAAUGUGCCAAACCAGGACAUCGAUCUCCAGCCUGUACUGCCAAAAAUUUAUCGUGUUCGUUUUGUAAAAGCGAUCAACAUGUCGCGGAAGCUUGCCGUAAGAAAAAAAGACAUGAGAAGAAUAAGGCGAAAAAGUUGAAAUUGUUUCGUGAAGCGUCGCCUAAUGAUUCGUGUGAUGAUAACGAAAGUUCAGUUUUCAAUUUAUAUGUUAUUCGUGAAAGUAAACAAUCCGAAUCGCCAAUAUUCGUGUCAGUUAAUGUAAACGGUUCUAGUGUCAAAUUCGAAUAUAAUAUGAUACCGGCGCGGCUAAAACUGUUAUCACUCGUUCAUGUGCUUCGCGUUUGAACCUAAA